CAGAGUGCUCAUAUACCUGUUUUUUUCUGGACUGUCAUACACUGCUGGCUAUUCUAUGGUGUCACAUUAGUUAGAAAACAAAUUAUACAUCACAGAAAAAACUGUUUCUUUGGUAUGACAAUCUUGGAGUUGGCAUUUAUAAGUUCGGGGGGAAUGGGGGUUUUGUCCUUCACAACGGGGACCACAGGACAGCUUGAGCAUCUGCAACAAAACAAGUUUAAAGAUGACCUGUUAAGGUAUUCCCCCAGAUUGAACUUAACCAAAGAGAAAAGGAAAACAGGAGUCCUGCAAAACUCUAACCUCCAGAAAGUUAAGGUGAUAUCUUUCAGAGUUUGUUUGAUCAUAUAUGACCAUGGAUAAAGUCACCGUUUUUAAGUUCAGUGGAUUUGUCAUGUUUGUCUUUAUCCUGGCAUUUUGCAUUUUUUCUUACCAACGGUCAUAUCAUGGUGAUGGAACUUUUUCUAGGUUUAUUACUUACCCUAUAACUACAGCUGCAGACCGAAACUCUGAAAUAAAAGUGUCUGAAGUGAAUCAAAAGUUAACAGUGUUGUUAUGGACUUGGCCAUGGGGGAUACCAUUUAAUCUAGAACUGUGUGCAAGUGAAUUUGGAAUAUACAAUUGCCACCUCACUGUUGACCGUAAUGUAUACAGCAGUGCAGAUGCUGUUGUGUUUCAUUAUGCUGAUAUACAGGGAAAUCCAUCAGGUCUGCCUAAGCAACGUCCUGGAAACCAAUACUGGGUAUGGUAUAAUAUGGAACCUCCUGACCAUUGCGGGGGCCUUGAGAAGUUUGACAAUACAUUCAAUCUCACAUUAUCUUACCGAAGAGACUCAGAUAUUUUUGUUCCAUAUGGUUAUCUACAGUUUAUUGCAGAAGAACAGAACUACACCAUUCCAAAGAAAACUAAACUUAUUGCAUGGGCCAUUAGUAACUGGAAUCCAGCGUCAUCUCGAGUAAAAUAUUAUGAAAUUAUUAAGAAUUACAUCAGCAUUGACGUCUAUGGAAGAAACCAUAAGACACUUAGUAAAGAAGAUUUCUAUUCAACUGUCUCACAGUACAAGUUCUAUUUUGCUUUUGAGAACUCAGUUCAUACAGACUACAUCACUGAGAAGUUAUAUGACAAUGCUUUUAAUACUGGGGCAGUUCCUGUUGUUAUGGGCCCUUCAAGACAAAAUUAUGAACAGUAUGUGCCAGCAAAUUCAUUUAUUCAUGUUGAUGACUUCAAAACACCUGAAGAACUGGCUAAUUAUUUAAAACAUUUAGACCAAAAUGAAGAAAAAUAUAGGAGCUACUUUGUUUGGAAGAGACAUUUCAAAGUACGCCUAGAUAACUUUUCUGGUAAAUGUUACUGUGCAGUAUGUAGAGAGAUUACUGGGAAAAGGAGGGGUUAUAGAUCUGUAGUAAGUGUACACAAAUGGUUCUGGAAUGACUAUUAAACUACAUUUACUGUUG